AUGUCCUAUUUACAGCAUAGUGAUGUCUUAGAUAUUUAUGUUGAACCUUAUAUUCAAUCGGGUUUUCGUUUGCCAAAUCAACCGUAUUCCUAUUAUUAUCGUAGUCUAUUCUCACUACACAAUGAAACUCUUUCUGUUUGGACUCAUCUUGUUGGGGCAUUUAUCAUCAUUUUACAAAUGCUUAAUCAUAUUCAAUUAACAUCUUCGCCGUAUAUUAUUAGUUAUAUUAUUUAUAAUGGCAUUGGAGCAUGUGUAAUGUUAUUAUGUUCCGCUCAAGCACAUUUAUUUCACUCACGAAAUUUACAAGAUCAUCUAAGAUUAUUUUAUCUCGACUACCUUGGUAUUAACUUUUAUGGUUUUAUUAGUGGAAUAGUUCACUAUCGUUUUUCACGUGUUGAUAGUGUUUAUGAAUUAUUUAAUGAGUCAACGUAUUAUUCACUAUUAUCAUGUUUAUCACUCUAUUCUCUAUCGAUAGCCUGUUUUUGUAAAUUUUAUUAUCGUCGUCCAUAUCCUUUUGUUCAUAAAAUAUUACAAUGUUCCGGUGUUCUAAUCGUUUAUGUUUAUCAAAUAUGGCCAAUUAUAUUGCAAAUAAUCGCCUGUUACAACUGUAAAUCGUCACUAAAAUGGCAUUUCGCAGAAGUUCUAUCAUUUAUUGCUAGUGGUACAGUAUUUGUGUUGAAAUUUCCUGAACGCUUCCAUCCAGGUACAUUUGAUUUAAUCGGACAGUCACAUCAUACAUUCCAUGGAUUCAUAUUUCUAAUGGGUUUUUUCCAGUCGGAAGCCACGUACAGAGAUAUGUUACAGUUAAAAGACCAAAUAAAACUUCAACAUUUGCAAAAAGAUAUAAUUUAUGCUUGUGUUAUAUUAACAUUAGAAUUAUUGAUUAUUUAUGUCAGUUUAAGAUUAGGUUUUAUACGUUUAGAAAAACACUAUGAAAAACAUUUGGAAAAACUUCACCAGAAUUUUAACAGGAAUGAUGGAAAUAUUACCAGCGAUGAUUACGAAUCUAUUAAAAAGAUUGAGUAA